AUGACGACCUGUGUUGUCUUGGGACAUUAUUAUUUAAAACCAUUUUGCAUUUAUUCAACCUCUAAUGCAUCUUAUUUUUGUCUGGAAGACAUGAAUGCCUUAUUUUUUAAUAAUCAAUUAAACACCAAAGCACACUACUUGAAACAAUUAUUCAAGGCAAAUCCGCAUCAUUUUUUAAAAAAUAUAAAGGAUGGUCGUACCUUUGUGAUGACACGUACCGUAAUACAAAUAGCACGAUGUUUCAAUUAUUUUUACCUAGCUGAGCUUUGUAAAUUGACUGUGGAGGAGAUGAUGGGUAAAAUUGCAGCUCCACUACUCAAGUGUAUUGAAUAUGAUCAGUGGCAUAUGGCAUUACCUGCUCCUUACAAGACGAAAAAUCACGUCGAUUUGGAUUUGAAGCCUUUGUCAGGGAAUGAAUGGCUUUUUGUGCCUUCUGUAUCUGCAAAGACAGCUCAUUCAAAGGAGAAAGAGAACAUGAAACUGACCUGGCGCACGUCAUCAGAAGCCAGUAAGCAAUAUAGACCUAUUACGACAACAACCAUUCAGUUAUCUACCAUCUUACAUCAGUGGCUAUCUACAGAUAUCCGUGAUUAUCAACCAGAUUCAGCCAUGUUUCAAACUCUAAAAUCCGUGGAAAAAAUAAGGCAACAACAGCAAGCAAUUAUUGAAACACGUCAACUCCAAGCCAUCUUUCACUCUACUAAUAAUAAUAAUAACAAUAAUAAUACAAAGACCAUCAAGAAUAUAAAGGCAUCAACUACAACCACAAGGUCCAGUAAGAAAGCAUCAACAGAGAAAGCAUUCCCUUACACGGAAAAUAACAAACGAAAGCGAGUUUAUUUCCACUACAACCAUGUCCUUAAAAAAUCCAAAUUACUCGAAGAAAAAGAAAGAAUAUUACCAUUACCAUCGCAGCAACCAGAUCAUAAUUUACAUUUAUUAGCAAGUCAAGCAACACAAAUGAGAGGAUUACCUAUUUCACCAAGUAUAUCUCCAUCCUCUCCUACCCCUUUCUUACUACAGCCAAUUGAUAACCAGACGAAACAGCCACCGCUACGUUUACCUUCCAUUCAAAGUAUGCUAUCUGAAUUGUCUAUACCCAUUGGCGGUAGAAAUAUGGAUUCAUGCCGCAUAACCCCUUAGCAUUCUAGACAAGGCAAGAUCCUACUCUCUUUUGUAAAUAAUAAUAAUAAUAAUAAUAAUAAAAACAAGUUAUUGACACUGCAUGCAUUUUUUUUAUUUGUCAAAAGAAAAAAAUAUGUAACGCAUAUAUUAAAGUUUUUAUAUGCUUCAUAUCCUUUCACACACAAAAUUGGUAUCCUUAGAACCAACUUGAUUCUUCUUCCACGGUUGUAUUACCAUAUGCAUCCGUCUCGGUAACUACAAAGGUGUUAUUAACUAU